AUGAAGGAGGCAGCACUGGUGCGGCAGUUGGUAAGCGCACGUCUUGAGGAGCUUGCGGCAUUGAAGGAGAAGUUGGAGCAAAUCAGCACGGGUCUGGAGAUGAUCAUGAAGGCUCAACUAGAGGUCCAAGCCCUUAUCGAAGAGAGGGAGGAGCACCGGUACGAAUUAUCUGAGACUGUUAAAGAUGAAAACGUGACCCUAUCUCGCAUGGAGACGCUAUCGUUUGGAAUGUUGCUGGAGCUCCUGGUGAACAAGCUGACUGCUGUCGGCAUCGCUGCCACUACGCUGGCAGCUGGCAACCUCGGGCAGGUCUUUGAGCCCGUUCUCGUGCCUCAUGAAACCCGAACAUGGAAGAUACAAGUGAGCUCGGACCCUUCCUGUGCGGAGGUCAAGCUCGCACCCGCUCCAGGUCUUGUGCUCUACGGCCAAGAGGUCAAUGAACAGUCCCCUCAGCCCACGUGGUCGCUAGCCACGUUCCCAGCUACCCUAUGCCUCGCCAACGCAUCAUGA